AUGAUAUCAUCAACAUUAGCUACUUUGUGCAUAGUAUUAAUUGCUCAAAGAGUUCAAGCAUGGUGGUAUCCGCCAGCCGGUUAUGGUUAUGGUUAUCAUCAUGCUUCUUGGUACCAUCCUUUCGGGCCUAUGCCGUAUUAUCCGCCCCACCCUUAUCACUUUGCUGAUAUUCAUCACAUGUAUUCUACACAUAGAGGUGCACAAAUCGGUGCCGCAAUUGGUUCAUUGGCUGCACAUUUCGGUAAAAAGAAAUGA